GUUGGAUAGGAGUGCUAGGCUAUGCUUUAGCCCCCAAACAGUUCACAUAAAUUGUCAUUUUUUUAACUCAUUUACGAUGAGAAGUUACUUAAAACUCCUAAAUUUAGUCUUACUUUUAGCGACGUUAUGGAAUUCUGCAAGAGGCGCUGUGGAUGGCGGUUGGUCCGGUUGGACUGCGUGGAGCGGCUGCGCAGCAGGUGUUUGCGCGGGAAAUCAGCGAAUUCGAACAAGAACUUGCACUAAUCCCAUCCCGACUGAAGAUGGGAAGUACUGCGAUGGAGAUAGUGCCGAGCAGUUAGAUUGCCUGAUCGACGGCGGUUUUACAGAAUGGAGUCAGUGGUCUCUGUGUGAUAACCCGUGCGGGGGAUCUGCAGUGAACAGGUCAAGAACGUGCACUAAUCCCACCCCUACUUCAGACGGACAGCCUUGUUCUGGAGACACAUUUCAAACAAAGCUGGAAUGUAUUUCCCCAUGCCCAACUUCCCCUCUUGACGGUGGAUGGAGUUCCUGGUCCCCUUGGGAAACGUGUUCCAAGACAUGUGGUAUAUCAGGUGGAUCUGUUUUACGCAGAAGUAGGAUUUGUAACCAACCACCUCCGAUGAAUGGCGGUGCAAGCUGUCCUGGUAACGACACGGAAGUGACUAAAGCUUGCUUCACACCAUGUCCAGUGGAUGGUGGUUUUGGCUUAUGGUCAGCUUGGUCAGCUUGCAGUGAAACAUGUGGUACUGGUACCCAGUCUAGAAGCAGACUGUGCGACAGCCCUGUUCCUGCCAAUCAAGGUCAAAAUUGCAGUGGUGACUUCGAUCAAGCCAAAAGCUGUAAACUAACAUCAUGCCCUGGUGCUGUGGACGGCGUCUUUUCAACUUGGUCUGACUGGAGCACGUGCACAGAACCCAAGUAUUGUCUUCAAGGUCACAAGACACGAACUAGAACUUGUACCAAUCCUCCCCCAGCAAAUGGCGGAGACGAGUGUGUUGGCCUCGCACAGGAAAAUAAAGAUUGUCCCACACAGGCAGAUGGAUGCUCUGUGCCUCAGCCGGACAAACCAGACAAAACAGCAGCAGAUCCAAAUUCCUGGAUUGGUCUCGAAUGUACAGCAACGGAAAAAUUCUCAGCUACUGGAGCUUACAAACAAAACGUGCCUUUUGCUGUAUAUUCGAGCUUUUCUUUCAUCAAAUCUGAGCUGGAGAGUGGAUGGUUUGCAAUUCUAAUCGAGCCGGACGACAAGGAUGAUUAUGGAAAAAAAAAUCUCACCAAGGUGUGUUUUGAGACAGUCGACCCGGUAACCAUUAAGAAGGUCGUCGACAACAUAGCAACCUACUACGCUCAAACCUCCGCUAUUCCAGGGUGGACCAAGACCGAUCAGGCAGAAAACGUCUUAGGUUUUUCUAUCUGGAUAGAUGAGGCGCAAGCGCUAAGAAAAUACGAGUUUCAGGUCGAUAGAUCAGCAGAAUACGUGCCCAUUUCCGGUUAUAAGAUGACGGAUGUCAGGUUCUCGUACUACACAGAAGGAAACUCUCAGACAUUUAAAGCUAAGGGUAGCUACACACUGGAUACAGGAAAUGUUUUUGACACAGAAGUAAAGAAAGAUGUCAAUAGUGGUUCAGUAUACGCCAAAGGAAAGGCUGAUUCUGGUACAUUUAUGGACAUGCUGUCAUCAUUUGGUAUCAAUCCCAAUUCUCUUCCAGAUUUCUUCGUCAAUGCCCUAAAGGGAGCAGGAUUAUGGGAUUUUACCAUGAAGCCUGUGGAGUUGCUGAGAAAAAUUGACAAAGUCGGCGUAUAUCGUUUCACUGGAUCAAUCGACGCCGGCGGCGUGCCCAUUCACGUCGAGGUCAUCACAGGGUACAGAUUUGGAAGACCAACGUUCGCUGUUGGAUUUUCAUUUGAUAGCGAAUCAUUUGGUGCAUUGUCCGAAAAACUGUCAGGAAUUGGAGUAGAUUUCCUUGAUGCCAUUGGAUUGGAGCUACAGAUUGGAGUAUCUUUUCACCCAACUGAGGAGAUAGGAUUUCAGCAAAUCGUGACAGACGACGAGACUAAGUAUUCCAAAGAGCCCCUCCACACUCAAGUGACAACCACUGUUCCAAAAGGGAUCUUUGCAGCAGCACAGCUGGUUCUACCGAAAGAUUGCAAAAGUAACAAAAUGUGCGAAAUCUCUAAGAUGAUCCUAGGCCCCACAGUACAGUUUUACAUCACUGGUCAGUUUGAGUGGAAGAAAAUACGAAUAGCCACAGGCUUUGCUAAUAUCCGACUUUGGGAUGGGCUCUACUUCCAUAAGCUAGAACUCUACGUAGAGGCGGAUUGGAACGAGACAACAAAGCAUAUCAAGUUGGGAUUCCGCGCGGAUAUUAAAGUACCUGUAAACGGGGAAAUUGAACGUGACGGUAUCAUAGCGCCUAACAACGAACUGUUUUUGUUUGGUGUGUUGGAAUACGACUUCUUACAAACACAAGUUGCUGGAAAGCUGGGAAUGCGUGGCAUGUGGAGGAAAGCUUACACCAUUCCUUGGCUCUCAUUUGGAAACAUCUUCGUUGGGUUGACGUAUAAGGUCGGCGCGCCAAUACCCGUCACUGGUGUACAGUUUGGAGCUCGAGUCGAAUUUGGAGUCGACUGUCUGAUACCAGCGGAUUUUAACAACGACGGUCACUGCUUUGGUGGUAGCGCAUACAUCGGUGUCGGUGAACCACAGUUCUUCUAUGCAUCAAUUACCGCCCUAACAUUGGGAAAGAUAAUAAGGCUUCUAGGGUUCACCUUUCAACUUCCACCCCCAGUCGCAGAAUCAGGUUUUCCGGAAGGAGCUGAGGGUUCGUAUUCUACCGCUGACGUUGAUUUGCGUAUCGCUGGUGGACCAUACAUUUACGAAGGAUUCAUGAUCAAAGGACGGGUCAACAUCCUCGGAUGGGAAAUAUACGCUCACGUCAAAUUGUCAUCAAACGUCAUUUUUGUGGACUUGAAGCCUGACCCAAUAGAUUUCUUCGGUAUAGCUACAAUAACUCGCAGCCCAUCAGACAGCGAAAAUGGACCUUGGUUCUAUGUGGAUGCCAGGAAGAAUCCACCUUUUAUUGAGGCGUAUGUCGAGGGUUACACAUCGAUGUUGGGAAUUUCAACUUACUGUCGCCUGAACCUAACAAUGACUCGCAUGGAGCUGCUGAUCCAAGGAAAUUUCCUGAACCUUAUAAAAGCGGAAGUAUUUUUGUCAGCAAGUUACUCUUUAAGCUUCGCUUCGGCCUCGUUUUAUGUUAGAGUCACAGUGGACUUGAGUGGAAUUAACGAUGCUUUAGACGCAGCAGCCAAAUCAGUAAAAGAAGCCUUCGAUGCAGCAGAGAAAGCUUUAGCUGAUGCCAGACAGUCUGUUGUCGCGAAGAAAGAGGAAUGUAAAAGAAAAAUGUCUCUUAAAUGUGACAACUGUAAAAGUCUUAAAUGCAAACAAGCUGAAAAAAAUUGCAAAGGAUUUUUGGAUGAUGCAGGCAAAUGGAUCGGCGGGGUUGUUGAUGCUGCCGGAAAAUGGGUUAAGAAGACUUUCAAAAAGAUUGGCAAGGCUUUGGCCCCGGUUGGAAAGGCGAUCAAAAAAGUGUUCAAAGGUUGGAGAAAGAAGCGAGAGUUGGAUAACAUUCGUAAUGAACAGUUCGCCAUCCAUCUUCGCCGUCGCCGGUUUAUCAGCAAAGUUAUUUGCGAAGGACUCGUUGGUGGUGGAUGCUCAGCGGUUUCAAGCCUGUGCGAGGGAACAUGCAAACUAGUGGACCAUUUAGCAAAGGGUCUGUGUAACGUGCUCGACGUUGCUAUUGGUUUUCUGAAGUUGACCGAGGCUGCCACUAGAUGGGUCGGAAAAGCUAUCAAUUUCAUUUUAACGGCAUUUAGAGUAAAGAGUAUCUUGAUUGAAUUUGCACUGUCUACCUACGCCUCGGGUGGAUUUCCUGACAUGAUAUUCACGGCCGGUGUUGACUUGGUCAUAUUUGGAAAGGAUCUCUUCCUUGCUGUUAGCUUCAACCUUCGAGAUCCAGUGGGAAGCCUAAGGGCGACAUCUGAUAAAUCAACAGAAUGGUACAAAGACAAAACGAAUCAGAAGGACGCCACAGACACUGAGACAGACUAUUACGACUCCCCGAACCCGUUUGUUGACCUCGAAAUGUCAGAGCAAUUCUUGAUCGAAAACCAGCAAUCAGCAACUGAUGAUAUUUUCGGUCCUUGUUUGUACGUGGACUCAAAGGACGAUGGUGCCCUUAUCAAAGUAACGGGCUGCAACGAAACUGAUGAGAGACAGAAUUGGGCUUAUACCCUUAAAGGACAAAUCCAGAACACUUGGUCUGAUUUGUGUAUCGAUACAAACGGAGCCUCUCAGGGUUCGAAGCUGAUACAAACUAAAUGUGACCCGGCCCAAGACGAUCAGAAUUUCCAGUGUGACUUGGCAGUUAGAAGUAUCAAAAGACGAAGAGCCAAUCAAUGCUGGACUCUGGGCACCACGAGUCUUGACGGACCAGGUUCGUUAGUUCACCUCGGUUCACUCAAAUGUAUUCACCCAAGCGGUGGUGGAACUAAUGUUGUUGAAGGAAACAAGCUAGUGAUCUACGCUGGAUGCAGUGAGAGCAGAUUGGAGUUUGUUUUAGACAACGGCAAUCUUAAACAUACCCUGAGCGGGAAAUGUGUGCAGCCAAUGGGAGCAAUUGCAGAUGGUGUGGCCCUUGGUUUAUAUUCAUCAUGUGGGGGACAUCAGUUUAGUUUCACUACAGGAGGAUCCCUUCAACACGUCGGUAGCAAAAAAUGUGUGAACACGAAAUCAGGGGUUAUGCUUCCAGCAAAUUCAGAUGAAAUUGUUUUGUCCAGCAACUGUGAAAACAGUGCCGUCACCGUCAAUAAAGAACAUCUCAAGUUUAGCUUCAUACCAACUGAUCCUUCUAUUCGCUUGGACAAAUGUGGAUAUUUUGACGCUGCCCGUCUCGACCAGAGAUUUGAGGUCAUGGAUGAAUCAAUUUUAAGCAUUUGUAGCAAGUUCUCCAAAAAUCUUGCCUACAAGAAGACAACUGAGCAAUCAAGUACUAAUUACAACGGAUUCAGCAGCAGAGCUGUAGAUGAGGUGUACACACCUUACUAUGACAGUAAAUCGUGCAUGCAUACCAAGAAAGAACAAAAUCCAUGGUGGAGAGUUGAUCUUGGACGAGAAUACAUUGUAACGGACGUGAUGAUCGUAAAUCGUUAUUACGACUUCGAGAAACUCACGAACUUUGAUGUCAGAGUUGGAGUCAACAAAGACAAUCUGCAGAACCCCACAUGUAGUGACCGCGUGAGGACUGUGGGCCAGGGACAAGCUCUGCGGCUUCAGUGUGAUCCACCAAUCCCUGGACGUUAUGUUUCUGUUCAGAUGUUUGGAGAAGGAGAACUUUCAAUGUGUGAAGUAACAGUUUACUCCAGAGUCGGUGUCAUGGCGGAUCUUUGUCAACUGGACAAUGGCGGCUGCUCACAGGUUUGUUAUAACCUGUGUAACCUGAAAGUCCAAUGUGGCUGUUGGCCUGGUUACACUCUGGCUUACGAUAGCAAAACAUGUAUAGACAAGGAUGAAUGUCAAACGAACAACGGUGGCUGCGAUAUCGCUAACGGACUGUGUGUCAACACUCCAGGAAGUUAUCAUUGCAGAUGUAAACUUGGAUACCAACUACAAGAAAACAGCGAAGUUACAUGCGAAGAUUUCAACGAAUGUCAACUGAACAACGCGGGCUGUGAACACAUUUGUGCCAACAGUGAAGGCAGCUAUAACUGUGAUUGUAGAAAAGGGUUCAAACUGAAGGAUGAUAAAUUUGGAUGUGAAGAUAUUGACGAGUGUGCAGAGGCAGAUCAGGGAGGCUGUGAAACGAAAUGUUCAAAUUACGAAGGUGGAUAUUACUGUACCUGUGAUGUUGGAUACCGACUAAGAGACGACGGAAAGACUUGCGAAGAGAUCUACUGUCCGGCUUUGGAAGCGCCAUUCCGGGGCCAGAUCACACCAGAAACCUGCACUGAUGACAGAGAAAAUAUUCAGCGCAACACACAGUGCACAUAUGGCUGUGUGGCUGGGCACAAUCUUGCCGGUGGUGAUCAGUUGUUGACCUGUCAGAUUGAUGGUUUGUGGCAGGGGACUGUACCUUACUGUAAACCGGUUACUUGUCCAAAGUUGACUGUUCCAGACAAUGGUGGAGUUAUACCAGCUUCAUGUUCGAAAACAGACAUCGAGUAUGGAAUACGAUGUGUCUUUUACUGCGACGACGGUUAUGCGCUCAGCGGUCCAAGGUACACCACAUGUCAGGCUGACCAGUCAUGGAGUGAGUUAGCAUCGUUGUCUUGUGUCAGAGUUUACACAGAUCCAUGGAUCGCCUGUCCAAUCGACAGAGUAGAAGAUCUUGAUCCAGACAAGUCCACCGUGGUGCUUGGGUUCAAAUGGCAGCUUCCACGAACCAACAUGAAAAAUGUGACAGUGUCGCCUAGCAAUUACGAUGAAAAUUAUCCAUUCCCUGUUGGCAGACAUACGGUCACGUGGAUAGGAACCAGUGAUAGUGGAGCACAAAAGAGUUGUACUUUCCAUAUCACAGUGAACGAUGUGACCCCGCCUCAAGUCCAGAACUGUCCUGCAAGCAUCGUAGAGCGUUCCAACUCCCUGCAAAAAGAUAUCUUUUGGACAGAACCAACAUUCACUGACAACGUAGAGGUGGCCACCAUUCAGUCAAAUCGACAACCUGGCUUUUCUAUGCAGACUUACACAUCACUUACUGUACAAUAUACUGCUUCAGAUGCUGCAGGAAACACUGUGUAUUGUACCUUUAACAUCACAUUAGAAGGUACAACUUGUCCCACAAUUCCUAAUCCUAAAAAUGGGUUAGCGUCUAAGCUUGGAUUGUUCCUACAACUCAGAUGCAACACUGACUACUUCUUCAAUCCAUACCCACCUGGACUGCCCGGGCUAUUCCAGAAUCCUUUCUAUAGAUGUAUAGAUAACAAGUGGGUGUCACAGAAUGACUUUGUGUCUAUCCUACAUCAAGCUCCGGAUUGCAUGAAAUACGUGAAUUACGAACAAGGUAAAGCUUGUGGGGAUGGCACAAUAUUAUUGGACAAUGUUAUUUGCUUGAAUUGUCCGCCUGGGAGCUACGGAGACAGCUCCACAAACACAUGCAAAGACUGUCACCUAGGAUAUUAUCAAGACGAGGAAGGCAAGCCCGAGUGUCAGCCAUGCCCCAAAAAUUACAGCACUGCCAUCACUGGAGCUAAGAAUAGAACAGAUUGUAGACCUAUCUGCAGACCAGGUAGAUAUUCAACUAACAAUGGGGUUUGUCCGUGCAAGAGGUGUCCUUAUGGAACUUACCAGGAAAUUGAACAGAUGACAUACUGCAAAGCUUGCCCGAUGGGAACUAAUACAACAACAACUGGAAGGACUUCCAUCGAUGAUUGUGUGGCCAAAGCUCAAAUCAUUGGUACAGUGCCCACUUCAGACUUCUCCGUCAAGGAAAAUGAUACUAUUUCUAUUGUUUGUAAUGUCGAUGGCAGUCCAGCUCCCACUGCUACAUGGACUAAGACCACUGGUUCUCCGCCUUCAUCGGACCGCGUAACAGUGAAUUACAUCUAUGACUUGGAAGCGAAGCUUACUGGUGUUGAGUACGUCAUAACUGCAGCGAUUGCCUCUGAUGCGGGAACUUAUGAGUGCAGGGCUUCCAACAAACUUAACGUGGUUACCAAAACGAUCGCCGUGUCUGUUACAUCUGCGGCUUGAGUCAGUGACUGACAAGUUUAACCUCGACUCGAGGAGAAGAUAUUAAAGAGGAUCAAGUUACAGUUUAAGAUUAGAAAACAUGUUAUUUCACUAAUAAUUGACAUUAAAUGAAGCUUUUAGCGGAAAAGGAAUAAACGUUGUAAAGCAUAAAA